AUUAACAGUUGCAUUCCACAAACCAUUUCUCAAGAUAUCAACAACUUAGUGAUUUGAAAGCAAAGAAUUUUGACCUAUUUACAAUGUAUCUUCCAUACUUGUUCUUCUUCUCCCUCCUCCUCGCCGCCUCCUCCAAUGCCCUUGUCCAGGACUUCUGCGUGGCGGACCUGUCCCUUCCUGCCGGCCCCGCUGGCUAUCCCUGCAAGAAGGCCGCCUCAGUCACUGCUGACGACUUCGCUUACCACGGCCUUGCUACCGCCGGGAACACCUCCAACAUCAUCAGCGCUUUCGUGACGCCUGCUUUUGAUGCCCAGUUCCCCGGCGUGAACGGGCUGGGAGUUUCCAUAGCCCGCCUGGACCUGGGGGUGGGCGGCGUCAUUCCCCUCCACACCCACCCCGCGGCCUCGGAGAUCCUGGUGGUCAUCGAGGGAACAAUAUGCGCGGGAUUAAUCUCGUCGUUCGACAAUGUUGUGUACCUGAAGACGUUGAACAAGGGGGACGUCAUGGUGUUUCCUCAGGGUCUCCUCCAUUUCCAGAUAAACUCCGGUAAGACUCCGGCGCUGGCGUUCGUCAGCUUCAGCGGUCCGAACCCGGGGCUGCAAAUCUUGGAUUUCGCUCUGUUUAAGAACGAUUUCCCGACGGAGCUGGUGGCAAAGACCACGUUCUUGGACGUGGCCCAGAUCAAGAAGCUCAAGGCUGUUCUUGGGGGCACUAACUAGAAUUAGAGUACAUGAUUAGAAAAUUAAAGCAGCAGCAUUUUGAUUUGGUGUUACGUUGGUUAUUAAAAUUCAAAUGUAAUUGUUUUUCCGCAGGUUGAUUGAUGUUUUCGUUGGUUUGUUCGGAUUUGUGUUCAUUGGGAUAGGGAAAUGUGUUUGUGAAUGUUUCGAUGAGUGUAUUUCUGUUCAAUUGUUUGUAAUAAUUGUUGAGUUCAAUUUUCCGGAUACUGGUAAGGGUAAGUUA